AUGUCGCGAUGCAGUAGUGCUAUGAGUGAGGAGAUUUUAAUGCAGAAUGUGGAGAUUACUGUGGACGUGGAAAAUGAAGAGAUGUUAAGAGCUGAAAAAAGGGAAAGAGAAGAGGAUGAUGAACAGGAAUGGUCUGUGGUAGGUAAAAAAGACAAGAAGUUAAAACAUCAUGAAAAAAUUGAAAUAUAUAUCACAAGUCAAGAAAAAAUACCAAAACAGUUUACAAUCGCAAAAUUACUUAAAGAGAAUAGCAUAACCGAUAUAGAAAGAAUAAAAUAUAUCAAUCCAUACAAAUUACGUUUGGAAAUGAUGAAUGAAUUAACUGCCGACAGGUUGAUAAAUUGUAAAGCUUUCUUGGAAAUGGGUUGGCGUAUUCAGAGACCGAUGGAGAAAAAUUUUUCAUAUGGUGUCAUUAGAAAUGUCGAGAUAGAAAUGACGGAUGAAGAAAUUCUCAAUAACAUUGUCUGCCCGGAACCUGGUAAAAUUGUUAGUUUAUAUCGCCUGAAACGUCGCAAUAGUUCUGAAAAGGAGGGUUGGUCAAACAGCGAGUGUAUUCGAAUUUGUUUUAAAGGUAAUUACUUACCUUCGUAUGUCUUAGUCGACAGCCUUAAGAUAAAGGUAGAUCCAUAUUAUAUAUUCCCUGUGUCCCAAUGUUCUCGUUGUUGGAAAUUGGGACAUUUUACAAAAAGAUGUCCGUCGUCGAAGAUUGUUUGCCCGAAGUGCGGUAAAAACCACGCAAAUUGUGAAGCGAAAUCCUUUUACUGUGUUAACUGCCGAGGCCAACAUAUGUCCCUAGCCAGAACUUGUCCUGCUUUCUUGAAGGAAAAAAAGCUAAGAGAAAUAAUGGCUGAGUAUAAUUGCACAUAUAAAAGGGCUCUGACGAUCUACGUGCCAAGCGAAUCACCCAGAAAACCAGAACCCAGCAUAGCUGAUAUAAAUUACUUUUCGCCACUAGACAUAAUUGAUGAGGACAGUUUGUUUCCACAGCCGUGUUCUGGUGAGCAAUUAACAUAUGCAAACGUCGUUAAUAGAAAACCAAUUAAGAAUGUAGGGAUCAAGAAGACAAAACUACCAAACUCUAGGGUGUCUAAAACUUCAACAGAUCGUGAGGAUUAUCUGACUGAUUCUUUAAACAAAAUGGAUUCUUAUGGAUGUAACGUCGAAGAAAAUACAACUGAGGGAGGUCAAAAAGAGAAAGAUGUAAAGUUUAGUGAGCUAUUAUCACGGUUAAAGAGUAUUUUGUUUCUAAAAGGUGUAUCUAUACAAACUAAAAUGUUCAGUAUUCUAAAGCGGUGUAUUGAAUGGGUUGUGUUAGUCCUUGCCGAGUACGUUUCUGAUUGGCCCUGUGCGAAGAUAUUAAUGGACCUCCUCAAUUAUAGUGAAUGA